CUCGGUCAUUUCUGGAUAGAGGCUCGACUGACUCGGUUUUCUUUCUUUCUCCUUCCUGAGCUGAAAGGUGUCGCAUUCGUCUGGAGUGGAUCAAAUAUUCCCAUAUCGCAGUUGUGGGAUUCUGGGAGAGUGUGAGAGGGGGGGCUUCUUUCUUCUUGGAGACCAGCAGACACACGGCGCUCUAAAGUAGUCCGGCAGCCGGGGCGACCCACGUCUUCCAGAGCCCAGCAUGGGUCUCGAGUCGGACUCCGUCCUCGAGGCCGUCCUCCUGUUCCCGAUCCACCUCGUGGUGUGGCUGUACUCCGUCCUGUCCUUCCUGCCCUGGUACUUCAUCACCGGGGCAGGGGAACGAAACGCCCUGUCCAAGCGGACCAAGGCCCGGUCCACCACGGGCAGCGCGGAGGGCCCGUACCGCUGCGUGGACCGCUUUGAGUCCUUAGCCAGGGAAGACCUCCCGGGCAAGGACACGCUGGACAAGCUGUUCGAGCACGCCGUGCGGCGCUUCGGGCCGACGCGCUGCCUCGGCACCAGAGACGUGCUGAGCGAGGAGAACGAGCUUCAGCCCAGCGGGAAAGUAUUUAAAAAGCUGAUCCUGGGGGAUUACAGAUGGCUCUCCUUCGAUGAAGUGGACUCUGCCGUCAGUCGGUUCGGCAGCGGGCUGGCCGCUCUGGGACAGCAGCCCAAGAGCAGCAUCGCAAUCUUUUGCGAAACCCGAGCGGAGUGGAUGAUCACAGCCCAGGCGUGCUUCAGGCGCAACUUCCCCGUGGUGACUUUCUAUGCCACCCUGGGAGAGGACGCCAUCGCGUUUGGACUGAACGAGACUGGAGUGACGCAUCUCGUCACCAGCGUGGAGCUGCUGGAGACGAAACUGAAAAAAGUGCUUCCACUGAUCCCCAAACUGAAGCACGUGAUCUACGUGGACCAGAAGAAGAUGAAGGCAGAAGGCUACCCAGCGGGGCUGAACACCCACAGCAUGCAGGCCGUGCAGGAGCUGGGCGCGCUGCCGGAGAACAUGGGGAGGCCGGUGGUGAAGCCCCAGCCCUCUGAUCUGGCCAUGGUGAUGUACACCAGUGGCUCCACCGGCAGACCGAAGGGAGUCAUGAUCGUCCACAGUAACCUGAUUGCGGGAAUGACGGGCCAGUGCGAACGCAUCCCCCAACUUGGGCCUCACGAUACCUACAUCGCCUAUCUGCCCCUGGCUCACGUUCUGGAAAUGACGGCUGAAAUCUCCUGCGUCACGUACGGCUGUCGGAUCGGCUACUCGUCCCCCCAGACGCUGUCGGACCAGUCCACCAAGAUUAAGAGAGGAAGUAAAGGCGACUGCUCUGUGCUCAAACCCACCCUGAUGGCAGCUGUGCCGGACAUCAUGGACCGCAUCAACAGGAAUGUGAUGCGCAAAGUGCAGGAAAUGAAUCUCAUUCAGAGGACGCUGUUUACGCUGGGCUACAAAUACAAACUGGAGCAGAUCAAGAGGGGCUAUGACGCACCGCUCUGCAACGCCCUGCUGUUCCGGAAAGUGAAGAAGCUCCUCGGGGGCCGGGUGCGGUUGAUGCUGUGCGGCGGGGCGCCGCUGUCCUCGGCCACGCAGAGGUUCAUGAACGUGUGCUUCUGCUGCCCGGUGGGUCAGGGCUACGGCCUCACGGAGACCUGCGGCGCCGGCACCAUCACGGAGGUUCUGGACAUCAGCACGGGUCGCGUCGGCGCUCCCCUCAUCUGCUGCGAGGUCAGACUCCGAGACUGGGCCGAAGGUGGCUACACCAGCAGAGACGAGCCCAACCCCAGAGGCGAGAUCCUGAUCGGCGGGCCCAACGUCACCAUGGGUUACUACCGGCAGGAGGGCAAAGACCAGGAGGGCAAAGACCAGGAGAGCAAAGACCAGGAGAGCAAAGACCAGGACUUCUUCGCCGACGACGAGGGCCAGAGAUGGUUCUGCACCGGAGACAUCGGAGAGAUUUACCCCGACGGCUGUCUUCAGAUCGUGGAUCGCAAAAAAGACUUGGUGAAGCUGCAGGCCGGGGAGUACGUGUCUCUGGGAAAAGUCGAGUGCGCUCUGAAAAACUGCUCCAUCAUAGACAACAUCUGCGCCUAUGCCAACAGUGACCAGAACUACGUGAUCAGCUUUGUGGUUCCCAACCAGAAGAGGAUGAUGGAUCUGGCCAAGCGGAGAGGCAUCCUGGGGGAGUGGGAAGAGAUCUGCACCCACCCGGACAUGGAGAGGGAAGUCCUGAAGGAGAUCAAGGAGGUCGCUGCUAACGUUAAACUCCAACGAUUCGAGAUUCCCGUCAAGGUACACCUGAGUCCGGAGCCGUGGACCCCGGAGACGGGCCUCGUCACGGACGCGUUCAAGCUGAAGAGGAUGGAGCUGAAGAACUACUAUCUCCACCACAUAGAGAGAAUGUACGGGGGCAAAUGACGCCGCUCGCCGCUUCUCCGUCGUCACCAUAACCACUGUAAAUAAUCCUCCCGGUGUGCCGUUCGCGUGCCGAAGGUGUCUAAAUGAGUGAAAAAAAUGUCAUGGAACAAAGAAGCCGUCGAUGGUUGUAGCUGUUGAUCCGUGUGUCCUGCUUUCUAUUUAUUUGUGUGGGCGUCGCCAUUGCACUCGAGUGACCACUCUGAUUCCAGGAAAAAGAGCCGAGACCGUUACCGCACAUAACUGCCAUCCACUUAAAUCUGCCGGACCUCACGUUUGUCGCUGACCUUUAAAAAGGAAAAGUACCACUGUUCCUCCUCACUCAUGUGAUGCUUUGCUGUCACUGCAAUAGAAAAUAUGAACUAUAAUUAUCAGGGAGGCUUGUAUUGCUUUUUUUUUUUUUGGGAGGGGGGGGGGGUGUAAAGUUGAGUACUAACAUUACGGUGCCUUUGGUCUGCAGUACCUGUGUCAUCGAGCAGAAGUAAGUGGCAUCUAGUUAAAAAACAAACGCUUUGUUGCCAUGUUUUACUUGAAGAAACACCUCCCCAUCCAGGUGGGAGGUGUCCACUGACACCCAGCAUAUGGCAUUAAACACUCCUGAUCACGUCUCCUUAUCCACCCCCACUUCCUUGUGAUGUUUCAUUUUUGCUAUUUGUGUCAAUUUAUUUGGGAGGUUAAGACCAAAAUGUGACUCCAUAAAUGACUCAGGAAUACAAGUUAAUGUUUUAAUAUAUAAAAGUUGUCCAAUAGCAGGUUUACUUGUAUAGAAAGGCUUUCUUUUUUGUUUAUUUUUGGGCAGUGUAUUUAUUUAAGAGCAAGCAUGUUUUGGCUACUAACAAAUUGCGAGAAAUGCUUACUUUGCAUUAGCUGGUCGGCACGUGUCGUAAUGUGUGUGUGGUACUUCAGUUCCUGGGUUAAUGUUCAAUUUGGUAAAAGGGUUAUCAGAAGUCUGUUUUCUAUGUAUUUAUCUAAGUUGAUAGAUUUGCGUCAUUUCAACUUAUAAAAGACACGUUGACAGUAGUUUGGUGAUCCUGUGCAUAUUUAUCUCCAUUAUGAUCACAUGCCUUGUUCAAGAUUUUCAGAAUAAACUUCUUUUUUUGUA